AUGGAAACCGCUAGCAAGAUGGUGGAGAAAGCGGCGGCCUUCGCCUCAGGGAAAAGUAGUACUGAAGCAAAGGAGAAAGUAGAGGCGCUGAACAAAGACAUAGAAGCAGGUCAGGGAUCCUCGAAUGUGAACUCGGAAGAAGGGCAGGGAUCUGGUAUUGGAAUACAAAAUGAAUGCAGAAUUUGCCAGGAGGAGGAUUACCUUCACAAACUCGAAGCUCCUUGCCGCUGCAACGGCACUCUUAAGUUUGCUCACAGGGAUUGUGUUCAAAAAUGGAUCAACGAGAGGCUAAGUAUGACUUGUGAAAUCUGCAACCAGCCCUACGAGGCUGGAUAUACGAUGGUGAUACCCCCUCCACAGCCCAGUCCUCAAACCGAAAAUGUCACUAUUCCAAUCAGAGAUGGAACUUAUUUCAUGGUGAAUACUCAGGCUGGGCUGCAAGCUGCACAAAGGACUGCGCAGACAGAGGCAGCAGCGGAGUUCCUCCGCCGCCAGCAUGCUAUGCAGGCUCACGGUGGUAUAGCUUUCAAUGCAAAUGCACUAUGUCGCAUUGCAGCAAUUAUUUGCCUCACAUUUCUUGUAAUGAAAGAUAUGUACUACUUCUAUGAAAGUGGACAGGAUAGCCAUUUGCUUACUAUCUUUUGGGUUUUGUUGGGUCUUCUCAUACCAUCCUAUCUCAUAGCUUGGUGCGCAAGUGCAUAUUGUUGUGCACCGAACCAAAGUGAAGGCGAUUUAGCGGUGGUGGAGGUCGCAGUGCCGGAGGUCCCAGUUGCGGCGGCGCUGCAGUAUAACUGGACUGCUCAUCGAUAUUGA